AUGCUCCAGGCUGAGGAGAAGACCUCCGUUUGGUACCGAACCUACGUCUUAUUCAUUUUGCUAUUGGUCUGCAUCAGCAAUCUGGCGACUCGCUACCAGCCGAGCUUCCUGAUUACAAUUCCAGUUCUGGAAUGCGAAGAAGUUUGCAAAGGCAUCGAAAUCACUAAUCCAGUCUGCCUCUGGAAAACGCCGGACACUCCGGCCACCGAAUUGACGAGGGAAGAGCAAUGCCGCCAAUGCAGAUCGCAGCCGGCCAUGCCGCCCUUGAUAUGGCAAGGUGCAAUGCCGCGGCAGCCGCCAACACCAGAACUACCUCCGGUUGACAAGGAGGCCAUGGUUCUGCAGAUUGAACAGAAGAAACUCUCAGUCCGAAAGGCUCUGCCCGCCACUGCGCUGCAGACGGAUGGGGAUCACAGACCGUGGAGGCGAAGAUCGGCGCAAGCACAGGAGGAAUCGCAAGCGGAUGAUGCGCCCGAUAUGCGUCACAUCGACACCAUCAGUGGCUUCUACAACAUGGCAGACGGCGCCUGUCUGUGGUAUUGGCAGUACGGUCUGCUAAUUGGCUACGGCUUUGCCUUGGUCUAUGCCGCCGGAAGCCUCCCAGCAGGUCUGCUGUGCGACCGCUAUCGACGCAGCGGGAUCCUGGCACUGUCCCUCUUUGUCUGGUCCAUUUGCACAUCCAUGCAGGCCCUCGCCAAGAAGAUUUGGCUGCUGCUCGUGUGGCGUGCCCUGAUAGGCCUCUCGCAGGGCUUCGGGUAUGCCGCGUCGAACUCGCUGCUCCUCGACUAUUUUGCGAGCAACGAGAAGCAGCGGGACGUGGCCUGGGCCUUGCUAACGAUGGUCGGGCCGCAGCUUGGCGUGGGCUGCGCAUCCUUCAGCAUCGUCUUUGCAGAGGGCCUGGGCUGGAGAUGGAUAGUGCUGCUUACCGGCGGCUUGGGCAUUCUUCUGUCAGGCGUGGUGCUGGCCACCGUCAAGGAGCCCCCGCGGACAGAGUGGUCGGCUCCGUGCACCAUGGCAGUGGUGACAGAAGAGUUGUGGGCCGCGUUCGAGAAGUCGCGGGUGCCACAGCUGUUGAUCUUGGCUGUGUCCGCCAAAAUGUUGGCCUCCUUCAGCCUCACCUCCUUCUUGCCCAUCUGGUUCGCACGGGGCAACCUUCACGGCUACACGAACGAUGCCUAUGCCUUCUGGAACGCCCUGGCAGUCUCACUGGCGGGACUCCUCUCGGUCUCCCUGGGAAGCGUUCUAGGACAGACCUGGAGUCGAGUUGAUGUUUGUGCGCCGUGCUAUGUGGGGAUGCUGGGCGCUCUGCUUUCACUGCCACUGCUGGCGCUCAUGCUCCUCACCCAGUGGUUCCGGACAUCGCUGUUGUGCUACUUUGCCAUGCUGGUGCUGGGCGAAGCAUGGUUUGGCCCAACCAUGGGCCUCUUGCAGAAGGCCGUGCGGAAGUCCGUUGCAGGCCAAGCCACAUCUAUGAUGCUGGGCAUCGCCACCUUGGCUGGCAACCUCGGGCCGGCGAUCAUCGGCAUCCUGGAUCCAGGCGGUGUCAACAUCGGCAUCCACUUGCUGUGGAUCUGCUCCGCUGCGCAAGUGCUAGCUUUCCUGAGCUUCUACUGGAUCUACCGAGAGAUUACCGUGGAUCCGGUGUCCGUUACUUUAGGCUUGUCGCAGGACAAGCCAUAG